AUGCAGCGACCCGUUUACAACGAAACAUCCUCCAACGCAGACGACUGGUCUCUGUUGGAAGGAGCGUACCACGUGUGCCAUGACGGGCGCGAAGGGCCGCAGGGCGCUUCCUUCCUGUGCACCAACGGCACGCUCUUCAACCAGCACGAGUUCGCCUGCGACUGGUGGUACAACGUGGACUGCUCCCAAGCACCCUCGCUCUACAGCCUGAACCUAGACCCCGUGAAGAACCCGUACGCCCCGAAGCCCAAGCCCGAGGAGGCGGUGCUGCUGCCGCACGGUGGCAAGUAGGCGUAGCUUCACCGGCCGCACUCCGACUUCACAUCUCCAGGACACCUUCCACGCCCUAUCAGCGCCAUCCUACGACGCGGAGCAGUCUUACAUCAAGCGCGCCCGAAGCACAACCACAUUCCUCCACUUCAAAAUCACAUAAUAUACAAUUUCUCUGAAAAUAAUCAGUAGAUUUCAAAUGAAGAACAUGGUCAAUGAGAAUAUUCUCGGACGUUCCCUUAGUUUUAAAUAUUAAAAAGUCCUUUUUUUUAUUACACUGAAACUCUUCAUAAAUAAUUUAUAACAAAAGUUUUACUUUCGUAGAGAAUGUAGGUCCUAUUUUAAUAUUUCUGACAUCUAUGGACCUUUCUCACUUGCAGAUUGUAAGUCUGGGUCUAGCCUGCCUAUUGAUUUAAGACAGCUCUUAUGACAUGUAUUUAUUUUCACCAUUCCCCAUGCAAUAUUCGUUUUUCAGACUGAAUGGAAAACUUAUAUCAUAAAUUUUUUAAAGCAUUAUGUACCACCUAAAAUGUUAUCAAAGUCAAUAAAUCUGUCCUAAUUUU